GCAGCAUGGUGGGCGAUGCUAGUAGUCAGAGAUGCCAUGCUGGCUGAUGGGGGAAUAGUGGAGCUGGUAGUGGCUUCCUGGGGAAGAUAGAAACAGGAGAGAAAGAGAUAUACGAGAGAGGAAGACGCUGGUAAGGAGGGAAAAGGGGAAAAAGGGGAGAAUAUUUGACGAGAGCUGGAAGAGCACGAGAGAGGAAGGUUGCUCGGUGAACUUCCAGAGCACCUUGAUACUAGACUUCUUCAGCUGAGGUUCACCAUGUCGGACGAGAUCACACCCAUUACUCUUACUACUCUUUAUGAGAUGAUGGUGGAUUUGACGCGGAGGGUUGAGAGGAUUGAGCUUAUUUUGUCAGAGCAUCCAUCGUCAUCGAGAGAAGCUCCAGGAGUAGCGAUGCCUUCAUUACCACAUUUGACUUCAUCGAUGUUUGCUGCUUUGGGUGCCUCACAUCCACGGCCUCGCCCACAUUCAGUGUUCCAGCAGCGCUCCUCAUCCAUUUCAUUGGCUAUGCCGACACGACCUUCAUCCCGGCUUCAGGGCCCUCCAGUUAUUACAGUCCCUCAGGAGCGACUUCACCCUCAUCGACGAUGUCAGAGACGCUUUUCAGAUUUGAGCACACCCCUGAGCAGAGUUCUUGAGACGUUCCAGGCCAUGGGAUUCUUGGCUCCUCUGGCUCCCAGGGCACUUCCAGAUCCUGUGCCUCCGCAGUUUCGGCUUGACUUGUAUUGUGCGUACCAUCAAUCAGCAGGACAUCACACUGAUCGUUGUACUGCUCUACGACAUGCCAUACAGGACAUUAUUGAUUCUGGGACGUUUGGGCAUCCUCAGUCCGAUAUUUCCUAUUCCUACCUCAGCUCAGGCCAUGCAUGUAGACUCCCCUCCACCAGCAGUCCCUGA